UGUUACUGUUCUACAGAGCCAGCAGCGAUUGUCUUAAUGCCUUCCAAAGUUCAGUCUCAUAAUGCCUAUGACGACGAAGCUCUUAGCAUCACCGGCGACAACGAUAAUAUCAAAACACCGCAGCUCCCAGUUAAGGAGAUCCCAGGGGACUACGGCGUCGCCUUCUUCUCCCCUAUAAGAGAUCGUCUCGAUUACUACUAUUUUCAAGGAGAGGAGGGCUUCUUCCAGUCCCGCGUCUGCAAGUACGCUGGCUCGACGGUGUUCCGAGUGAACAUGCCGCCUGGUCCGUUCAUGGCGUCCGAUCCGAGGUCGUCUGGCGUCCGCGCCAAGAGCUUCCCCGUUCUAUUUGACAUGCAGGUCGAGAAGAAGGACGUAUUUACGGAACGUACAUGCCGUCCUGUGUCCCUCACCGGCGGCUACGGUGUCUGCUCCUACCUCGACCUCGAGCCCAACCACGCCAAGAUCAAAGCACUGCUCUUCACACUCCUGGCCUCUCGCAAGUCGAGCCAUCCAACCUUUCAGUUGACUUACUCGGCUCUCUUGUGAUGCCAUGGAGUCCAGCUGCACGACUCGUCGUCCGCUGAUUUCAACAAGCUUAAUGAUAACUUCGGCUUUGAGUUCAUUCGGCAACGCCUACUUCGCUCUCCGCCGUGCGAAGUAGUCGGGAGUAGGGGCGGUUCCAUGCCACAAAGUGGCUGCUUCACGCAGCUCGCCCCCGCUAAUCACCCUCGGCCUCCCAAAAUAAUCGAGGAGGUCUUUCUCCACAUUCCCCUCCCUCCGUGCAUGGUCAUGUCCGACUACAGCCUCUACUCCUACUUCGACUCUGCCGCGUCCGACAUCCUCGACCACCCCGACAAGCUCCUCGGCCUCUCCCGCUCCGAGGCGUGUCACAACCUCCUCUUCGCCACCGUCUUCAACUCCUACGGCGGGAUCAGGGUCCUCUUUCCUUCGGUCCUCAAGUGGCUCUCCACGGCCGGGCGCCUACACGCCAAGCUCGUUGGCGAGAUCCGGUCCACCGUCAGAGAUGCCGACGAAGGCAAAAUCACGUUCACCGCUCUGUCAAAGAUGGAGCUCACCAGUUCGGUAGUGUACGAGGUGCUCCGAUUGGAACCACCGGUGAAGUUCCAGUACGGGAAGGCGAAGAAGGAUCUGAUUAUUGAGAGCCACGACGCAGCGUACAAAGUGAAGAAAGGGGAGAUGUUAUUCGGGUACCAGCCGUUCGCGACCAGAGACAAGAAGGUGUUCAGAGAGGAGAAGAGCGAGUUUGUGGCUGAUCGGUUCGUUGGAGAGAGGGGGAAGUCGACGCUGAAGUACGUUGUGUGGUCGAACGGGCCGGAGACGGAGAGCCCGACGCUCGGGAACAAGCAGUGUCCGGGCAAGGAGUUUGUGGUGAUGAUCGGAAGGUUGCUGGUCGUUGCUUUUUUCAUGAGGUACGAUACGUUCACCGCCCAAGUAAAGAAGGAUGCGCUGAGGACUCAGGUAACCGUCACCUCCGUCACCAAAGCGGCGGCCACCACCGCCACCGAGAGUAAGGACGUGUGAUUCAGUUCACCAAAUCCAUUAAGUUGUGUCCUGCUUACCUGUAUCGGGUUAUAGUAAAGCAACAGCAUGGUGUGGAGCAGUUGAUGACGACUGUGUCUAUUAUUUUGUGGCAUCUAAUCUA